GUGGAACCUAGAGAAAACGAGCCGAACGAACAGAUUGAUUCACUAAGACGUAAUAUUGAAAAGAUAAAGAAGUUGCGCAAAAAGAAAAAUAUCGUAACGUACGUAAAAUGGUCAUGAUGCAAGGUACAACUGCUGGUCCGCCAGCAGCACUAUCCUCCACCAGCGCUGCUGCCUCCGCCGCCUCCACCGUGCUGCAAGAAAAAGCCGAGUGGCUCCGCCAGAGCAGCUCCUCGCUCCUCGGCGCGCUGCGGCAAACGGCCGGCAGUGUCGCGGAGAGAGUGGAAAGUUUAGAUUACCACUAUGCAGACAGUUUAAACGCGUUGAAUGAGGUCACGCAAAAAACGAUCUCCUCCGGGACCAAUCUUGCGCGUAAAGCGGUCGAGGUGGUGAAGCCCCAACCGUACCGCGACUCGGUGCAGUCUCUGGGGUUGUUUUUCCGGGCCUUCCUCCUGCGUAUCUUGCUCGCGGCAUCUGUGUAUGUCACAGACCAACAGGAGGUGCAGGGCUUGCUGCAAAGGCUAUUAGCGGUGACCACGUUUGCAGAGCUGGCAGAGGGCGCCAUGGACAUCUGGUUGCUGGUGAAACCGGAAGCUUGGAAGGACUUCUGGUCCCAUUCUUUGCAGUUGAACUUUCUGACCGAGUUGGCGAAAAUUAGGGACUGCGGAAGCUGCGGAUCAACAGCUUUCUUGGAUACCACAGAAGGGAACUCGUAUCUCCAAAGUGCGAUGAUUUAUUCGGGAGCCGCAGCAGCAGACCACGUUCCCUUGUUCGCCCUUCCCGACGUGCUGGACAGUUUUCUGACGGUGCUGUUCGACCUCGCCAACGCGUUGCGGGACCCCGAAGACCCGGAACAGGCCCGCCAGCGGAAUUUGGCCUGGGGCACGCGGCUGAUGGAGGCGAAGAUGUUGGUCGCGGAGUUGCGGCGGUACUUCGAGGUGGCGAAAGCAAAACUCCCGAUCCCCGCUGGCGACGCGAUUACGCUGGCGCCGUGCCUGCUCGCGCCGGAUUCCACGAUAUCAUUGAACUCGUUGAAAACUUACCGAGUUGUUUGGAAUACGCAGAUUUUUGGAUCAAAUCAGGUCAGUCAAUUGUCUUCAGCGUUUUACGCUGUAUCGUCGAGUGCAACCUCUGGAGUUGGACCUCCCAUUGGAAUGACGUCGGUAUCCGCGGAGGACUUGUUCGUGAAUGUGCGCAGCGGGGAGGCGCAGCUGGACCUGCCACCGCUAAUUCCGCUACCGCCCGAAGCAAUUUCAGAAAAUUCGCCUGCACCGGAGGUUCACGUCGCGCAGGAACUUCUCGGGCGGAAAGAAGAUCUUCGCAGAAAUAAUUCAAGCCUGGCCGCGACCUCAGCAGUUGAAAUCAACAGCGGAACGGUCGUCCAUCGGGACAAUCGCCGCGCCGAUAUUCUGCAAGCCUUUGAGAAGCAGUGCGAAAAAAAGGCGAAAAAAUUACAGGAGAAAAAGACCCGACCGGUUGUGCUGCACAACGCGAGCUCCAUGGCGUUACGCGCUUCGGUGUUUCAACACGGGGAUUCCUACUAAGUGGAAUUUUGCAGGAAAAAGGAAAAUUGAAAAAAAUUGCCCCCUGUGCUGGACGGGACGAGGGCGACGGCGGCUGGGAGCGGGGGCGACACGACGGCCUUUCUUGCAGUUUGUUUUCAUCAAAAAGCAUCAGUAUAGGCACAAAGCGAAAGCUUCACUAUAGUGCAUUUCACAGGUACAAAUGAGGGACAUGAAGAUGAUGAGCCAUAAGGUGCAAGCAGCUUGCCUCGCACAGGGAUCCGGCUUUCCGCUCCACACACGCGCACACUACGAUGCAAAUCAUCACAGAGCCCAGUGCUUUUCUCUGUUACUGUUCAAAAAAUACCUUGCGCGAGUCACAAAACCCAAAGAACAGACAUAGUAGGCGGCUGCCACUACCUCCCCGGCCUCUUCAGCGCGUCCCUUGGCACGGCCCUGAUUGAGUCGGCUGGAAGAAAGCGGCCCAGGUGCGGCUCCGCGAGCAGGGCCGGAAAAGGCCGGCGGCCCUGAAGCACCUCGACCACCUUCUCCGGGAGUGCCCGGGCAAAGAUAUCGCCAGGGGGUUCGACUCCGGUGCCCUUUUUGGCCGUUUAGCCCGUGAUUGAGCAAAAAACCAAUGGAUGCCCAGCGGUCGCAGAGUUCACAGGAAAACACAAAGGGGGGGCCUCCGGGGGGGCCGAAAAUGGGGGCAAUUCGGGGACCCAAAAUGGGGGGCAAAAUCGAGGCACUGCCACCGUGUCACAGAGUUCACAGGAAAAUGAGGGGGCUACCCCUCCGGGACCCCCCGGGCCCCCCGGCCCCGGGCCCCGAUUUUUAAUGCAAAAGCUCGCGCUUUUGCCUUUUCGGCCAGCCAAAGUUUGCAAACAGGUGCGGGGGGCCUUCUCCUUGGGGCCCUUUUUGGCAUUUUUCGGCCCGCCAGAUAUUGGCGCCACAAGUCGGAUAUUUAGGUGCGGUUUCACCUCCGCCGGGGGGAAAAAAUCUAGAUGGCCAUUUUUUUCGCACUCUCCCCGGCUCGCGCAAAAAGUGCGGAAAUAGUUCGGGGCGACCUCUCCUAAUGGCAACAUAUGAACUGUCUGGCAUGUCAGCUGCUGGGCCGCCAAAUUAUUUGGGUAGACCCCGGCUCGCGUGGCCGCCUUUCUCCCCCUGCCCGCAUAGCGUGCCCGUCUGGCGCGCGCCGUCAGCUUGGCACAGCCGCCCCCUGUCGGAGGUAAGCUGCCCUCAUCUCACGGGCCAUGGUCCUCAUCUUCCUUAUUUGUAGCUGUGGCGAUGUAUUUUGAUGAAGGUCUGCCACGUGCCUGUAGCGGUGUUCUUUGAUGAGGACUGAGGAUUACAAAGGCCGCCGCGUCCUCACCACUCCGAACCGCCGUAGCCGCCGUCCAAUCCAGCACCGGACGCAUUUUUUUUCAGUUUUCCUGCUUCCUGCAAGAUUCCACUUAGUAAUUCCUUCUACAACGUGAUUCCCAUCACUACCACCGUCCUGGAGCCGAACCACCGCGCUUUUCUCCGCUUGGAGGGCGAGGCGUUCCAACUGCAAGUGUUUAAAGCCGGCCAUGCGGGGGCUGCGCAAGCGGAACAGAGCGGGAGUUUCUCGAUUCUGACAAAAAUCAUGGACGACUUCGCGCCGCUCUACUCCGUGCCAGCCAUCCGACGCGGCGAGACGGUAAGUUUGCGGUCCAACAACGCAGACGUGGGCCCGAGCGGAUUCGGCACCAGCAGGGCGGCAGCGAAUGGCUUUGGAACAAUCAACUCGCUUACCAAAACAUAGAGUGUGACGUCGUCUACUCGUGGUUCUUUGUUUGUUGUUUCCGUUCGAUCAUAUUGAAAACGAAAUUUCUUGUGUGAUAAAAAUAUUAAUGUCGUGUUGAUCUUGGUGUGAGGAAAACGAAAACCGAUACGUGUGUAGUGUAGAUGUACUGCUGGAACCUCCGCGAUCUACUGUUGAAAAAACAAUCUGAGUUGGACCACGUAGACGUAAGAACAUAUCACAAAAACACACACGACUCAAUCGCAAGAAUCCCAUCCGCAGCCAUGGGCACAAUGCUGACGUGCGCGAAAGGCAGUGCAAGUUCUCCGUCGUUUUUGUAGUUUUCUCGAGUAGCACUAGUGAAUGUGUUCACGUUGAGAGCUUGAGCGCAUGUACGAAUCAUUGGCUCGACGUCACAGAAAAUACACAAACCUGUUGAAGAAG